AUGGAAGACACACCGACAACCAACAUUAGCGGAGAUGCUCACCAAGAAAUGAUCGCAGCAUUCUUAGAGAUAACUUCUGCUACCAAAGAAGAAGCAUCCUUCUUCCUCGAGUUGCACAAAUUCGAUCUCGAUUCCGCCGUCUCCACCUUCUUCGAAGCGGCUGCUGCCAAAAAAGAGACUCUCGUAGUCUAUAUAGGUAGUCUAUCUACUGGACGCAUACAGACUUUCUCAGAUCUGAAUCGACAGGGUGAUAACACCGGAAGUGACUCUGAUAAGCCCCAGGAGUAUUAUACUGGUGGUGAAAAGAGGUAA